UUUAAAUAUACGACGAUUCUUUCCGACUUUUUUGACGAUUGCUUUUCUUGUUUAUUUGAAAGAGAUACAAGUUGCAACUUAUAUUUUGUAUCAUUGUGAUUGUAAAGAUGUUCGUGAAAAAUCUAAAUGUUUAUAAAGUUUUCGUUCAAAUAAUGCGAAAGGCUAACUAUGUUACAAAGCCUCCCAAGCCGGAAAUACCUAAGAAUCCCCUCAAGAACGUAUACGCAGCAUCACAUCAAAAAGAUAAUGGCAUAAUUUACGAUAAAAAGCCGUUUAAAGUUCUUUUGGAAGAGGGAAAGACGUACCACUGGUGCCUCUGCGGACGGUCCAAAGCCAACCCGAUGUGCGACGGCACCCACAAAGACGCGUAUCUAAAAAUUACACAGAGGCCAAUCAGGUUCACAGUAGAAAAGACGAAAGAAUAUUGGCUAUGCAACUGUAAACAAACUAAAAACAGGCCAUUUUGUGAUGGGACACACAAGCAGAAAGAAAUUCAGGAAACUUUUGUUAAAGUAUGAAGAGAUGUCUGUUCACAAUACCACUUAUAUCCCAAUCCUCGGGGAAAGACAUCUGAUACAAACAAAAACUACCUUUAUUCUAAUGUAAUAUUGGUUCAGUCAGAUAUCUUUCCCUGUGAAAUAAGAUAUAAUUUGUUUAUUUUAUGAUAUCAGGCUCAUGAAACAUAAUUAUUUAAUAGUCAUGUAGUAAGUGAAAAUAUAUUAGAAUUUAUUAAACAUAUAAGUAGGAACUACCAAUUUGUUAAUAAAUGAAGGUACCAACAGGUAUCAUGUGCAUAA